CAGUAUAAUCAGUAUAAUUUAAAAAAAGAUGCGCUAAGAUUUGAAAAGGAUAUUCGAAGAAUGUAGAAACGUGCACGUGAAGAAACAGCUACAAUUUCUAAAAUUUAUUCUCAAGAGAUUGUCAAAGCAAGAGUCGAAAAUUCUGGCCUUCCAAUUGUUAGUCUAUUUCCAACACUUUCCAACACUGAUGCAUGGCUCUAUCGUCGUCGUGCAAUUAAUUAUCCUAAAUUACCAACAACAAUAAACGAAAUUAGUUUAAAUGGUUCAUGGAAAUUAGAUGAAAAUGCUGGUGAUUUUCUACUGGUAGAUGAAACAUCUGAAGAAUCCGAUAUUCAGACGCGGAAACGAAAAAAAAUCUAUAAUGACAUUGAUAAUAAACUAAAGCAAGUACUUAUUAGUCAUAGUAGUGGUAUGCUAACUAAUGUUCAAUUAGCUAUUAAAUGUGGUAGAGCUGUGAAAACAAAUCCGGCUAAAAAAUAA